AGAGUACGUGUCUCCGACGGGGUCUACCGAUCGAGAAUCCAAUUCUUCUCCGCCCCGUUUCUUUUUCUCUUCUCGAGCUCCAUGAACUAAACCAAUCUACCAACGCAAAAAUGGGGUUUACGCUGAAAUCACUCCUCCGCCCGCUCCUCUCCCUCCUCAUCCUCGCGCAGCUGACAUCGGCGCUCCGAUUCGACCUCCCCGCUGUCUCCGGCCACAGCUCGAAGAAUGAACGGUGCAUACGGAACUUUGUGCUGAAAGAUCAGUUGGUCGUAGUGACAGCGAUUGUGGAUGGGAAUAAAGGGGAUGGUCAAAUGGUCAACAUGCACAUCAAAGACGCUCUUGGCAACGACCACGGCCGUCCGAAGGACGUCACUGGCGAGACUCGUCAGGCCUUCACCUCUCCCGCGGACAUUGCGUUUGAUGUGUGCUUUGAGAAUCAGCUCGUUUCGCACAGCGCCAUCACUAACCCCUACCGCUCGAUCGAACUCGACAUCGACAUUGGCGCCGAUGCCCGCGACUGGUCCAGCAUCCAAGCGCAAGAGAAGCUCAAGCCCGUCGAGACAGAGCUGCGUCGUAUUGAAGAAAUGGUCGCCGAGGUUGUGAACGAGAUGGAAUACUUGCGUGCGCGGGAGCAGAAGCUGCGGGAUACCAACGAGAGUACCAAUGAGCGGGUUAAGUGGUUUGCGUUUGGGACAAUGGGGAUGCUUAUGGGACUGGGGGCUUGGCAGGUUGUUUAUCUGCGGGCUUACUUUAGAUCCAAGCACCUUAUCUAGAUUGAUUGACGGGUUGGGACAUCCAGGGUGAAUUAUAAUAAGUGUUGAUGAUAAUAACUGUUCCUUUCCUGCUUUGUCUUAUGACAAAAUAAGAGUUUGUAUUCUUGUUGCAUGCACAGACUUGAAUACUCUCGGAUAGAUUUGUUUAAAAUCAUGAUUAUGAAACUCUAGUUCUCGGAGUAAUAUCGUGGUCCAGUUAACCAUUACCGCUCGACGUACUUAUUCUUUAUGAAACCUGCAAUGCGAUGCCGUAUAACUAUCGAAUUCAAUAUCCUGUAUAGACCAGCGGGUCCGUAAUCCACCGGCCUCCGUUGGUCAAUCGAUGCAAAC